AUGAGCGACCCUUUUAAUAGAGUUAGAAAUUAUUGCUUCACUACUUGUUUUACUUAUUUAAUAUCAAUCACCUAUGUAACCAUUUUCUUAGUGUUUGUUUUACAUGCUUUUAGAGACAUUGAAAAUGCGUUUAGGACUACAGAAAUUGAUGAUUUCAUCCUCAAAGAAAUAAACAUAGUUAUUCACAUAACAGUUUACUUUCUAUAUUUUGUUUCUUUAGGAGGUGUACUUUUAUUACUUUUACCAUUUUUAAGUAAAUCAGUGCAAAAAACUUAUGAGAAAUGGUCUCCUAUAAUUGGUUUUAUAAUCAAUAUUUCAGUUAUUGUUCUUUCAUCCUAUGGUUAUAAAAAACAAAUUAUUGAUGAAAAAUAUAAUCUAUCUUCAUCUUUAUUCUUUCAAGCGAUGAUUAUAUUUUCUGUAGGACGGACAUCUCAUAACAUUCUCACACAAACUUUAUUUCGAUUUUCAAAAAAAAAAUUCGAAAAAGAUUUAGAAUAUCAACAAUCAUUAUCAACAAGUGUAUCAGUUAAUUCUUAUUCAAUUUUUCAAAGACAACAAUUAAAUAAUGAUCCUUCUAUAGAAAGUUUGUUAAAUUUUCAAUCGAUUUACGAUUAUAGUAAAAUUUUUGUUAAAAUAGAAUUAUUUAGAACCGUUUAUUACUUGAUCUUUCCAAUUAUUGCUUUGGUACUUAAUUUACAAUCCUUAAAUAAUGCAAAUGGAAAUAGUGCACGACUCUUAUUAAAAGGGAUAAUCAACUGUAAUAUAUUUAUUAUUACAAACUCAAUUGUUUAUAUUAUUAAUAUAGGCAAUUUCUUUCAUGGACUAUCUAUAUUUAGAACGAGUGGUGUCAUUCCAUUAAACGAUUCGUCGUAA